AGUUGGGAACUUUGUAGGAACUCCCCCAUCUAGAUCUUAGUUUCGCAGAGUUUGCGCCAUGAAGCUGUUGCUGCUCUGUGCAGUUUGUUUCUACCUCUUUGCCCACACAGAAAACAGAAGGAACUAUGGUCGCAAUCUUGCCUGCUUGACACACAACAGAUACAAGCACGAGAGCUCCUGUUCCGGACCACGUCGCAUUUUCUAUGCCUUCCAUCGCAUCAUCUUCAACUGCACAAAGGUGUUUACCCGGUGCCCCAAGUUUCACAGGCACAACGAGUACCCAACUAUGAAGCUGUGCCAGGAUGAUUGCUACUUUCACAUGAAAAUACCCACAUCAAAGAAGCCAGCGAAUGAUUCGGGCAAUGCCACCACAACCGAAGCGCCAGCGGAUGACAAAAAGAAAGGCAAACCCAAGUCGGGCCUAGAGGAUGUUGGCACUGGUGAGGAGCAAGACGAUAAGACCAAGGAGCAAAAGAAAGAUGACGACGCGAAGGCGAAUGAGAAUCCAGCAGCACUUAGACGUGCAAAUCCUUACCUCCAAGUGGGUCGCCGAGGGGCUGCAAAAAGUCAAAAGAAACAGUCGCCACGUGUCCUCAGUAACUUGACUCAAAGGCGUAGAAGGAGAUCGAGAAGAUAUCAUUAAAUGAAAAGUGUUUGGCAAUGGAUAAAGAUUCCCAGCAGAAUUUCUCCAUUUCGUAUGGCAAAUAGAUUGGUCAUAGCUCAAACGAAUUAGUUGCACCCAAAAACCACUUCGAGUUCCCACACUUUGCCUUAGUUCAACCUCCAAACUCCAGCGAUGUGGACCCCACAAACUCUGAUCUGUCUGCUCCUCUUAUGGUCAUGCUCCACUCCUGCGAGCUCCGAUCGCUGCCUGGAAGCGAACCAAGGCACGUCAGUGUCCUGCACGGGCGCACCGCAGCUCACCUUCUACUACGAUUCGGUGGGCAAAAAGUACGCCUCGAAGAGAUCCAAAUGCCGUUCCAGCCCCGUGGCCAAUAUGUUUGCCACGCGACAAUUGUGUCUGGCCGAGUGCCAGCAUCAUAUGCUCAGAGAUUGAGACGCAUUUCACUGCCCCAGGAACAGCCACCACAUAAUGCUCUUGACUAGAAUUAAAGCAAUCAGAGCUGUA